UUGUAUUCUAGCCGUCAAAGAAAUGGGUUUUCUGGGACGGGCCCUGCUUAUAAUCGGCACUCUGGUGGUAGCCGUGUCCUUUAAACAGUUUCGAGAUCUAACGGCGCCACAACCGAUACCGGAGCUUAACCUGAAGCAGUACUGGGGUCCGGGAGAUGCGAAACAGUACCGCGAAGAUGCUUCGAUUAAACCGUUUAAAGUUAGCUACGGUACGGAAGUGAUUGAAAAGCUACGCACCAAGCUGAGCGAUGUGCCGGCUCUGACGCCGCCCCUGGAGGGAACCGCAUUCGAGUACGGCUUCAACAGCAAGCGGCUGAAGGAGAUCAUUAAGUACUGGCGCACAACCUAUCUUGGCAAGUGGAGCGAACGCGAGCAGUUCCUCAAUCAGUUCCCGCACUUUAAAACCCAAAUCCAGGGUUUGGACAUUCACUUUUUGCACGUGAAACCGAAAGUGGCCAGUAACGUAAAAGUGCUGCCACUUCUGCUGCUGCACGGAUGGCCCGGAUCGGUGCGAGAAUUCUACGAUAUCAUUCCAAAGCUAACCACCAAAUCGGACGACAAGGACUUUGUGUUCGAGGUGAUUGUGCCGAGCCUUCCCGGCUACGCUUGGUCGCAGGGCAGUUCGAAGACGGGCCUCAGUCCAUCGCAGAUUGCUGUCGUCAUGAAGAACCUGAUGACGCGUGUCGGCUUCCAGAAGUUCUACAUCCAGGGCGGAGAUUGGGGAUCACUGAUCGGUAACUUAAUGGCUACCCUGUUCCAAACGGAUGUUCUCGGUGUCCACCUCAACAUGUGCUCGGUACAGACAUCUCUCUCGUACCCAAAAACGUUCAUUGCCGGCCUGAAGCCCAACUGGUUCGUCGAUGAGCAGUACAUCGAUUACUACUUUCCGUUCGGAAGCAAGUUCCUCGGCAUUCUAGAAGAAACCGGUUAUCUGCACAUCCAGGCCACGAAGCCCGACACCAUUGGCACGGCGCUGCUCGGUAACCCGAUUGGAUUGGCCGCUUACAUUCUCGAGAAGUUCUCAACCUGGACCAAUCCGGCCUAUCGCAAUCUGCCCGAUGGAGGACUGGAAAAGUACUUUACGCUGGACUCGCUCCUCGACAACGUGAUGAUUUACUACCUGACCGACUCGAUCACAACGUCCCAGCGCAUUUACGCGGAAGCGUUCACGAAGGCUGAGUUUGGCCGCCAGCUGGAUCGCAUUCCAACGGUUGUGCCGGCAGCGUGCGCCAAGUUUCGCUACGAACUGCUUCAACAGGUCGAUUGGGUGUUGAAAGAUCACUUCACCAAUCUGGUACAGAGCAACCAUUUCGAUGACGGGGGACACUUUGCCGCCAUGCAGCUACCGAAUGUGUUGUACAAGGAUUUCGUACAGUUCAUCACUAAACUGCAACGCCUGUGAGGUGUAACGAGCAAUUGCUGAAUGUUCGAAGAUCAGCAAA